AUUAACAAAAACAAUAAUAGCAUCAUCAGCAGCAGACGCAACAUAGGCAGAAAUAGUGAAUGAAGCCAAGCAACAUCAACGGACAGAUCUAAAAAUAAUUACAAAAGUGUUGUCGUUCGUUGAACUAAAUAGAUAAAGGUGAUAGACGCUUUUAUUACACAUUACGUCUUCGUUUUGUACUGAAACUGAAUGCUCCGACACGUAAUAUAAGAAGAGUGCAAAAUGGCAGCUUCGGUCAUUGCCGAUUUGUGUAUAUUCUUGCUAACUUGGAAUGUGGGCACUCAUUCGCCCAAAAACUUGGAACUGACUUCGCUGUUGGCCCUAAAUGGUACCACCAACUGUCCGGAAAACCAACUGCCGGACAUUUAUGUGAUUGGCUUGCAGGAGGUGAACUCGAAGCUGGGCAUAUUCAAAGACGAUCCAUGGGUUCUGAAACUGGCUAGCACUUUGAGUGAACACGAUUACGUUAGGAUUAAAUCGGAGCAGCUGCAAGGCAUUGUAAUUGCAAUGUUUGCCCAGCACAAGCAUAUACCGCACAUGAAGGACAUUGAGGCGGAGGAGACACGCACUGGCCUGGGUGGACUGUGGGGAAACAAGGGCGCGGUGAGCAUACGACUCAGUCUUUAUGGCACGGGAGCUGUCUUUGUUUGCUCCCACUUGGCGGCGCAUGAUGACAAGCUUAAGGAGCGUAUUGAAGAUUAUCAUCAAAUUGUUGACAAUACCAAGUUCAAAUCUCCGAGCUAUCGGCGUAUUUUUGAUCACGAUUUUGUAUUCUGGUUUGGAGACCUUAACUUUCGCCUGUCGGGAGAUCUAUCAGCUUGGGAUGUACGCAAUACUGCAGAUCAAGGCCGAUACGAGGAGCUGCUCCAAAUGGAUCAGUUGGUGUUGCUGCGAGAUACGGGCAAUGCGUUUAGCUUGAUGGAGGAGAUGCUUCCUAAUUUUGCGCCCACUUUCAAGUUCCAUGAGGGCGGCAACGAGUACAAUCUGAAACGACGACCAGCUUGGUGUGACCGCAUCCUUCAUCGCGUGCAAGUCAACAGUUAUCCGGCCAUUACCCUGAGUGCCAAGCAGUUGUCUUAUCAGUCGAACAUGGACUAUACGCUCUCCGAUCACAAGCCAGUAUCAGCGACCUUUAAUUACAAAAUUGAAACCCACAAUCUAACGUACACCGACGAGGAACUGCACGAGAUGACACACGGGGCGGCAAGCACAAUUACAAAUGUUAGUGUGUUUGCUUUUAUCACAAUAAUAGUUUAUCAUGGCUUGCUUUUAUUUUGAUUUGCUCUUUUCCCGCUUCUUUUAUAGUUAUUUAAUGCCGAACUAGAAGAAUUUCAAAGGUAAAUGAAAUCAAGGCACUUACUGCCUUCUGUGUGUACGUAAAGCAAUCAAUCUCAUAUCAUGCAAAGCAUAUACAUAUAUAUGUAUAAUAUACAAGACAUAAGGUGAAACUUUUACAAUCGCACCUGCAAUUUAAACCAUAUUUUGUGAUCAUUUUCAUUUAACGAAUCUCAGUAUAACUCCACAGUGCAAUUAUAUUAAUAAAUUUAUAUAUAUAUAUACUCAAUAAGUAUAAUCAAAGACGUUAUAUAUUAAAAUGGACUAAAGGAAAUACUCCUAAACUAAAUACUCUUCUUCCAUACCAAGUUAUUUUUUAUUUAAAGAGAAACCAUUGUAAAAUGCAUGAUUGUUAGAGUUGUAACGUAGUCAAUCAAAUAAAGCAAUAUCUAUUUUUCUUAAAUUACUUAUAAAAAU